AUGAUGUCCGCACUAUACAAACUCGCAGCUGUUAGCGGAAGUCCCGAAGUCAAUUGGAACGACCACCAUUUGAAAGUAGUGGCUCGUCUAGACGACCACGACAUCGAGGCGCUGCAACUUCCAGCAGCAUUUCGUUCGCUACAUGGCAUCACCGACCGCAGUACAAAGAAUUGGAGUUUGUCACUUCUUUUAGGGAGGCUUGGCAUAUGUGCUAUGGAAGACAAAGCGCUCAGCAAAUCUAAUCAGGACGUCUUUCGUUGCUUAGAAGCCAAGGGCGAUAUCGAGAUUGUCCUGUUCGGAGAUGACGUGCUCUUGAAUAAGCCUGUGGAGGAAUGGCCUAUCUGCGACUUUCUCAUCGCCUUCUAUUCGGAUGGCUUCCCGCUUGAUAAGGCGAUUUCGUAUACUCGCCUCCACUCGCCGAUUUCCUGCAACGACUUGCUUAUGCAGAAGCUUCUCUUUGAUCGCCGCCUUUGCCAUUAA